AUGGCUGCAACAAGCAUCGCCUCCAGGUCUGCGUUUCUCUUCACCACCAGACUCUCUCUCCCAAACCCUAAUUUCACUCUGUCUUCUUUUCGAAUCCAAGGUUCUGCUUCAAGGUUUCUGAGGCAAGAACUGAACAUCCAUCAACGAUUUUUUGGUGUCCUUGCUUCAAUGGGAACCUUUCUUUUGAAUCGAAGUGUAGGUCGAUCCGCAUCUGUUUCUAUGUAUAUGUCAUACUCAACCACAAUCCCAACGCGUUCACUUAGAAGGAGAAUCAGCAAGAGAAAGCAAUUGAGUACAAAACCUGUUCUUGAUGAGUCCAAGUUUCAAGAAACGAUUUCAAAUCUCCCACCGAGAUUCACCCCUGAAGAACUCGCCGAUGCUAUAACCCUUGAAGAAGACCCAUUACUGUGCUUUCACCUCUUUAACUGGGCAUCCCAGCAACCUAGAUUCAAACACGAGAAUUCUUCGUACCACGUCGCCAUUAGGAAGCUCGGAGCUGCCAAAAUGUACAAAGAAAUGGAUGACAUUGUGAACCAGGUGCUCGCGGUCCGUCACAUCGGCAAUGAAAAUCUUUACAAUUCCAUCAUCUUCUAUUUCACCAAAGCGGGGAAAUUAAUACGCGCGGUGAAUAUAUUCAGACACAUGACGACUAGCAAAAACUUGGAAUGCAGACCGACCAUUAGAACAUAUCAUAUUCUCUUCAAAGCCUUGUUGGGUCGAGGUAACAACUCUUACACAAGCCACAUGUACAUGGAGACAAUACGAUCUUUGUUUAGACAAAUGGUGGAUAACGGGAUUGAACCAGACGUAUUUGCUCUAAACUGUAUGGUUAAAGGGUUUGUGCUCUCGCUUCAUGUGAAUGAUGCUCUUAGGAUAUUUCACCAGAUGAGUGUGGUUUACAAUUGCCAGCCUAAUUCGUUUACUUAUGACUACCUGAUACAUGGGCUAUGUGCACAAGGCAGGACAAUCAAUGCUAGAGAGUUGCUUGAUGAGAUGAAAGGAAAAGGUUUUGUUCCUAAUGGCAAAUCUUAUAACUCUCUGGCUAAUGCUCUUGCGCUUAGCGGUGAGAUUGAUGAUGCGGAGAAAUGUGUGUGGGAGAUGAUUGAGAAUGGGCGUGUGGUUGAUUUUAUUACACAUAAAACACUUGUUUAUGAGAGUUGCAGGAAGGGGAAGUACGAUGAAGCGACCAGACUAUUGGAGAUGUUGCGAGAGAAAAAGCUUGUGGACAGAGAUUCGUAUGAGAAGCUUGUGAAUGUUCUUCACAAGGAUUUGUAG